AUGGCUCCCACCAUUGAAGAGCUUGACGCGACUGUCCGCGGUUUCUACGAAGGACGAGGGGACUCACAAAAAGCUGCUCAGGCUUCUCUGAAUCAGUUCAAGGAGGAUCCGGAUGCCUGGCUAUUAGUUGACAAGAUAUUGCAAGAUGCAACAUACCCACAGACCAAGUACCUGGGCUUGCAAGUACUCGAUAACGUUGUCAUGACAAGAUGGAAGGUGUUACCAAAGGAGCAGUGUAUUCGAAACUUCGUGGUCAACUUUAUCAUCCAGUCCUCCAGCUCUGAAGAGUCCUUGAGAACCCAACGAACCCUCAUCAAUAAACUCAACCUCGUUCUCGUCUCCAUACUCAAGCAGGAAUGGCCUCACAACUGGCCCACCUUCAUCAACGAAAUAAUUUCAUCAUGUCACACGAAUCUCUCGAUAUGCGAAAACAACAUGGCCAUCCUGCGGCUGCUGUCCGAGGAGGUCUUCGACUACUCGGCGGACCAGAUGACUUCUGCAAAGACAAAGAACUUGAAGACCACCAUGUGCGCAGAGUUCUCGUCGAUCUUCCAGCUUUGCAGCGAAGUUCUGAACAGUGCCACCCAGCCCAGCUUGAUCAAGGCUACUUUGGAGACUCUUCUUCGCUUCUUCAACUGGAUUCCCCUUGGGUAUAUCUUCGAAACUCCUAUUAUUGACACCCUCCGCACACGAUUCUUGGAAAUGCCCGACUUCCGUAACGUCACAUUGAAGUGCUUGACCGAAAUUGGAGGCCUGCAGACUGGAUCCCAAAAUGCGUAUGAUGAGAAGCUUGUACAGAUGUUCACGGAGGUUUUGACAACCAUAUCCAAGAUCAUCCCUCUUUCUCUAGAUCUCAAGGCGACUUAUAGUUCAAGUAACUCUAAGGACCAGGAAUUCAUCCAAAAUCUUGCGCUUUUCCUAACAAACUUUUUCAGUGUACAUCUAAAUCUCAUCGAGAACCUCCCGAACCGCGAUUUCCUUACCCACGCCCAUUUCUACCUCGUUCGUAUUUCGCAAAUCGACGACCGAGAAAUCUUCAAAAUUUGUCUCGAAUACUGGACCAAGCUUGUUUGCGAAUUAUUCGAGGAAAUGCAGUCAUUACCUAUCACUGAUGCAAACCCGCUCUUGAGCAUGGGCGUCGGCGGUAUCACAAAUUCAGGAGCACCAAAUCCGCAAUUACUAGCCAACUACCCUCUCCGUAAGCACAAAUACAACGAGGUGCUUUCGAACCUAAGAGUGGUCAUGAUUGAGAAGAUGGUACGGCCCGAAGAAGUCUUGAUUGUCGAAAAUGAUGAAGGAGAGAUCGUUAGAGAAUUUGUAAAGGAGAGUGAUACUAUUCAGUUAUACAAGACCACACGCGAGUGCCUCGUCUAUCUCACUCACUUGGACGUUAUUGAUACCGAGAAUAUCAUGACGGAUAAGCUUGCUCGCCAAGUCGAUGGUUCUGAAUGGUCAUGGGCCAAUUGCAACACCUUGUGCUGGGCUAUCGGAUCCAUUUCGCUGGCGAUGAACGAGGAGACCGAGAAGCGCUUUUUGGUCACUGUGAUUAAGGAUCUUCUUGGCCUGACCGAGAUGAAACGUGGCAAGGACAACAAAGCUGUGGUGGCAAGUAACAUCAUGUACAUUGUGGGACAGUACCCUCGAUUCUUGAAAGCGCACUGGAAAUUCCUGAAGACGGUCGUCAACAAGCUGUUCGAGUUCAUGCAUGAAUCACACGAGGGUGUUCAGGAUAUGGCUUGCGAUACCUUCAUCAAGAUUGCGAGGCAGUGCAAGAGGCAUUUUGUUGCCUUACAACCCGGAGAGAAUGAGCCUUUUAUCGAAGAGAUUGUCCGAGGCAUGCGCAAAAUCACCUGCGAUCUCUCACCACAACAAGUUCACACUUUCUACGAGGCUUGUGGUUACAUGAUUGCUGCGCAGCCUCAGAAAAACACACAAGAGAGACUCAUUGCCGAGUUGAUGUCCUACCCAAAUGCUGCUUGGGAUGCUAUUAUCCAACAAGCUACGGCAAACCCUCAAAUCUUGCAAGAUGCGGACACUAUCAAAGUUAUUGGCAACGUCAUGAAGACAAAUGUCUCUGCCUGCACUUCGAUCGGAGGUUACUUCUAUCCUCAAAUCGGCAGAAUAUAUUUGGACAUGUUGUCCAUGUAUCGUGCGACCAGUCAGAUGAUUUCUGAAGCUGUUGCUCGAGAUGGUGAGAUCGCAACCAAGAUGCCCAAAGUUCGCGGAUUACGGACUAUCAAGAAAGAGAUAUUGAAGCUCAUCGAGACCUAUGUUGAGAAGGCUGAUGAUCUCGAGAUGGUUCGGACAAAUAUCGUACCUGCUCUCCUUGACGCAGUCCUUGUCGACUAUAAUCGAAACGUGCCCAACGCACGAGACGCAGAGGUUCUGAAAGUUAUUUCGGCAAUCAUUACCAAGCUUUCGUCUCUUAUGGAAGAUCAAGUGCCAACGAUCAUGGAGAACGUUUUCGAGUGCACUCUGGAGAUGAUCAACAAGGACUUCUCUGAAUUUCCGGAACACAGAGUCGAGUUCUUCUCCCUCCUUCGGGCUAUCAAUAUCCACUGCUUUCCUGCCCUCCUCAAGCUUGAUAAUAGACAGUUCAAGUUUGUUAUUGACUCCUGCAUGUGGGCAAGCAAGCAUGAUAACCGCGAGGUCGAACAUGCUGGUCUCAACAUGUGUCUCGAGUUGAUUAGCAAUAUUGCAGAGACUGACCCAGCGACAUCGAACGCCUUCUUCCAGCAGUUCUUCGUUCCUAUCCUACAGGACGUUUUCUUUGUGCUUACCGAUACGGACCACAAGGCUGGAUUCAAGGCUCAGUCUAUGCUCUUGGCAAAGAUGUUCUAUCUGAUUCAUCCCGCUGAUGGAACACCACCAAAGGUCCAAGGCCCUAUUUAUACCUCUGAUCAGGCGCCAGCUGGCACGAGCAAUAAGGAGUUCUUGGGUGGUUUUGUAGCUAAUUUGUUGCAAAAUGCUUUCCCUAAUUUGCAGCCGACUCAAAUCGGAAUUUUUGUUGAGGGUUUGUUCUCUCAAAACCAUCAAUACGAUAGAUUCAAGCUCAACCUUCGUGACUUCCUGAUUCAACUGAAGGAAUUUGCCGGCGACAAUGCCGAGCUCUUUGCCGAAGAGAAGGAGCAACUCGACCGUGAAACCAAAGCAGCAGAGCGCGAACGCUUGUCAAAGGUUGGUGGUUUACUAAAGCCAGCCGAGCUGGCAGAGGACGAUGACGAGCUAUGA